GGCUUUCAACUGACAAAACUUCCACAUUCCUGAGGAAAGCAAAUGAGCUUCUUCGGCACAGUGUGGGCUUCUCAAUCCACGUGAGGGAUUGCGGAUCCAGCAGAAAUCGCCUUUUGAGUCGCCCCACUGGGGGAGAUCCGGCGUGCCAUCCGUCUCACAGAGGAGCGGAUCUGGUGGAAGGAAUCCGGGGCUCAACGGUGGCAAGAGGCAAGAGCCAGGCUUUGGUGGAGUGUGGUGGAGGCUGUGCUCCAUGGGGGUAGGGUAGGGCGGCGCUCUUCCCCCGUCUCUCUCUCCCCCAGCGCCCCAUGACUGCAUCUCUGUGACCUCUGACCCCUCACCUCCCGGCGUGGGGGCGGACCACCGACGUUCCCGCGCGGUGUCUGAGGACCGACCCACAGGGCCGACGGCGGCGGCACCAUGCCGGUAAUGAAAGGGCUGCUGGCGCCCCAGAACACGUUUCUGGACACCAUCGCCACGCGCUUCGACGGAACCCAUAGCAACUUCCUGCUGGGCAAUGCGCAGGGUCACCGCGGUUACCCGAUCGUGUACUGCUCGGACGGCUUCUGCGAGCUGACGGGCUUCGUGCGCACCGAGGUGAUGCAGAAGAACUGCAGCUGCCAGUUCCUGUACGGCGCCGGCACCAGCGAGCACGUGGCCCAGCAGAUGCAGAAGGCCCUGGAGGGGCGAGAGGAGUACCAGACCGAGGUCCAGUUCUACAGGAAGAAUGGGAUUGCUUUCUGGUGUCUGCUGGACAUUGUGCCCAUUAAGAACGAGAAGGGAGAGAUGGUGCUGUUCCUCUUCUCCUUCAAAGACAUCACGGACACCCACGGCAAGAGCCAGCACAGACGCGACGGCUCAGAUGAUAAGAGGAGGAGGAAGAGCAGUAACUCCCACCUGAGUGCGGCGCGUAAGAGAGGCCGCUCCAUGCUCUACCACUUCACCAGCCACUUCUCCAGGGGCAGAAAGAGCGAGGUCAACAUCAGCACGAACAUGUUUGAGAAGCCCUCUCUCCCAGAGUACAAGGUGGCCACGGUGCAAAAGUCCCGCUUCAUCCUCCUGCACUACAGCAUCUCCAAGGCGCUGUGGGAUUGGAUGAUCCUGCUCGCCACCUUUUACGUCGCCGUGACGGUCCCGUACAACGUGUGCUUCACGGCGUACAACGACCUGGAGACGGCCUCCAGGAGCACCAUCGUCAGUGACAUCGCCGUGGAGAUGCUCUUCAUUCUUGACAUCAUCCUGAACUUCCGCACCACCUACGUGAGCCAGUCGGGCCAGGUGGUGUACGACUCGCGCUCCAUCUGCAUCCACUACGCCACCACCUGGUUCUUCGUGGACCUGGUGGCAGCGCUGCCCUUCGACCUCCUUUACGCCUUCAACAUCACCGUGACGUCUCUGGUGCACCUGCUGAAGACGGUGCGUCUGCUGCGGCUGCUGCGUCUGCUGCAGAAGCUGGACCGCUACUCCCAGUACAGCGCCAUGGUGCUGACGCUGCUCAUGUCCAUGUUCGCCCUGCUGGCCCACUGGAUGGCCUGCAUCUGGUACGUCAUCGGGCGCAAGGAGAUGGAGAGCCACAACCCCGAGGUCUGGGACAUAGGCUGGCUGCAUGAGCUGGGGAAGCGCUUGGAGACGCCGUACGUGAACAGCACGGUGGGGGGCCCGUCGGUGCGCAGCGCCUACAUCGCCUCGCUCUACUUCACCCUCAGCAGCCUCACCAGCGUGGGCUUCGGCAACGUCUGCGCCAACACCGACGCCGAGAAGAUCUUCUCCAUCUGCACCAUGCUGAUCGGGGCCCUGAUGCACGCGGUGGUGUUUGGGAACGUGACGGCCAUCAUCCAGCGCAUGUACUCGCGGCGCUCGCAGUACCACACGCGCAUGAAGGACCUGAAGGACUUCAUCAGGGUGCACGGCCUGCCCCAGAACCUCAAGCAGCGCAUGCUCGAGUACUUCCAGACCACCUGGUCCGUCAACAACGGCAUCGACGCCAACGAGCUGUUGCACGACUUCCCAGACGAGUUGCGCGCGGACAUCGCCAUGCACCUGAACAAGGACAUCCUGCAGCUGCCCGUGUUCGAGGGCGCCAGUCGCGGGUGCCUGCGCUCGCUCUCGCUGCACAUCAAGACCACGUUCUGCGCGCCGGGCGAGUACCUCAUCAGACAGGGCGACGCCCUGCACGCCGACUACUUCGUCUGCUCCGGCUCCCUGGAGGUCCUCAAGGACGGCAUGGUGCUCGCCAUACUGGGGAAGGGGGAUCUGAUUGGCUCGGACCUGCCGUGCCAGGAUCACGUGAUCAAGACCAACGCGGACGUGAAGGCGCUGACCUACUGCGACAUGCAGUACGUCAACGUGAGGGCCCUGCGCGAGGUGCUGGAGCUCUACCCCGAAUACGCCAGCACCUUCACCUCCGACAUCCACCACAACCUCACCUACAACCUGCGGGAGGGCAGCGAAGCAGAGGGUCUUACUCGGUUUUCAAGGUCACCCAGAUUCCCCCACGUGAGUUGUCCCCACAGACGUAUCCCGUCCAUCGUGGAGACGUCGGAGGAGGCGUCGGACGACUUCUUCCGCCUGUCGCCGUCCUCGCGCUCCCGCAAGAACCUCCUGCUGCCCACCCUGGGCAGCCCCGUGCGCCGCACGUCGCUUAGCAACCUGCUGGGCGACGAGCUACGGCAGUUCAACAUCAUGCGCCGCGGUCGCUCGCCUGCCCCCUCGCCCAAGGUGGCGCCCAAGCGAGACCACGCCCCUCAGCAGGGUGGGGUUUUGCAGCAGCACCAUGACAACGGGAGUUUACGGAAACCGGCCAACUUGCUCAUCCCGAACGUUACCUGCUGUGGUCCGCCAGACCUAAGCCCCAGGGUGGUGGAUGGAGUGGAGGAUAACAGCCGCACUUUUCACUUUAACGUGGAGCAGCACGGAGCCAAAGCCAGCAGCACCAGGAUAGUACACGAUUCAGCUCAGGUUAAUGCCACGCUCUUACAGGAGACUGAGGAGGUGAGACAAAGCAUCAGUCAGCUCAACAAGAAGAUGGGCACGCUGAACCAGGAAGUGUCCCAGCUCACCAAGGACCUGCACCACAUGAUGCACCUCCUCCAGACGCAGAUGACCGUGCACCAUUACAGCGCCGCGCUGCCCUCCUACCCGUACGGCGUGCACGUGGCACCCAACGCAGUGCCCGGCGGCGGCGGUGCCAACCUGGCCUACGGCGUCUGUCCCAGCAUGCACCUGCACCCGGAGCACCAUGCGUCCGACCUGCAUCUCCACCACGAGCACCCGUUGGCAGGGGGCAUGGAGCUUCAUGCUGCCCACCUCCAUGGGCAUGGGGCAGCGGACGGCAUCAGGCAUCUGGGCGCCAGCGCCUGGAGCAUGCAGGGUGCGUCUUCUGCAGGCCUGAACCAAUCGGGAGACGGGUCCUUUCAUCCUUCUGAUCAGGCACAUCCCCAGCCACCCUCCAGCCCUGGAGCGGGGUCCUGUUUCCCCGGUGGUCCCUGCCCACCCUCCUGCAGCUGCGUCUCCUCCCACACGGGGCACCAUCAGCACCAUCCGCUCUCGCCGUCCUCCCUCCUCACCAUCGCCCCAGGCUUCCUGGGCUCCGCCCCAGGACAGGUGCCUCUCGCUGGGCUUGAGGACGCAGGCCUGGCCCUCGGAGAGACCGCCUCCGGUGGCGGCGGCGGCGGUGGUUCUUUAGCCAGUAUCAGCCAAUCGCAGCCCAGCCUGUGCACGCAGCCCGCCCUCCACCAGCACCACCACCACCGCGGCCCGGACUUCUCCAACCUGCUGUCCAGCGCGCCCACGUCCACGCACUCUCUGGUGACGGCGGCCCCGUACCCCCCGCACUUCUACGUCCCCGCCGCCGCCGCCGCCGAGCCUGCCUUACCCCCCCUGGCGCCCCCCCACAGUGGCCUGAGCCUGGACUCGUCCGUCGUCGUCGUCGCCGUCGUGCCCCCUCCCCCGCUGCCCCCGCCGUCCUCCUCCUCGUCCCGCCGCUGCAGCCCGGACACCACCGGCCUCCUGGACGGGGUCAGCGCGGAGGACGGCUUCUGUCUGGUGGAGAGGUGUCCGUCGUCGCCCCCGCCGCCGCCGCUGACCUCCCGCUCGCCCUCGUCCUCGCCGCCCCCGCCGAGCUCCUCCGUGGCCAGGCAGCCGUCGGUGUCGUCGCUGGGCUCCAGCCCGCUGCGGCCGCUGGCGCUGCCCCUGGGGGACUCGUCGGCGGUGGGCCACACCAGCCUGGAGUGCCUGCUGGGGGAGCAGGGCUCCAUGGAGAGCCGGGACAGCGAGCAGUCGGGGGGCUCGCGGCGCUCCAGCGUCGGGCCGCAGUCCUCCUCGCAGAGCCAGACUCAGAGCUCCGAGGCGUCCUGGUCCCUGGAUCUCAUGGACUGA